CAGCUAAUAACAAGGAAGAUACAUACAAAGCUAGUUAGUUACGAGUGACAGUCGAAUUCCCACGGUUUAAACUUUGCUUAAGAGUUAAACGUGUUUUUGUUUAAUCACACAUAAAUAAAUUCAAACCAACGUGAUUUAAAAUAUGCCAUAACGUGAGUUUUAACAUCGCUUAGAAAUUGUUCAUUCCUUCAAUCGACGCUGGUAAUUAAAGUGCGAAUGGCAGGUGUAAUUUAAAAAUUUUGACAAUGGGGACUUUUGAGUGAUCGGGAAGCAAUGUGCAGAAAAAUUUGAAAUCGGACGAUAGAAGAAUGUAAGGUAUUAAUUAAAGACGGAAUACCGCAUGUAUCAUUCAACCUAACUAGACGACCAUGCGACCACCGUUAGAACUCAACCGUCUCACCAUCCUCAACAUCGUCGCCAUCGUGUGCUACUGCCUGUCCAUGAUGUUCCACAUCAUCGCCUACGCCACCCACAGCUGGGCCUCUCUGGUCCUCAACGGCGUCCGCUGGGAGAUGGGCCUCUGGCAGGGUUGCCGACAGACCGACGACGGCGGAUGGAAGUGCACCACCGACGUGUUUCAGGAUGACGUAUUUCAAAAUGGUACGAGCAGUGACUGGCAUACAGGAAGUCAGAUUAUGAUGACGUUGGCGCUUGUCAUUCUGUUUUUCCUCGAGUUCGCCCUUCUGGGAUACCUGUGCAUUCACCGACUCCAGAAAUACAAAUCCAAACUACUGGGCUUCGUCGUCGGCCUGUCAAUGUCCGCAGGUAUAAUUACAGCCAUUGGGAUGGGGGGUUUCCGAAAUGAAAUUAAGUACGUCUAUCAGGGCGAGUUUUCGAUGGGAAUGUCCUAUGGCUUGGCGGCCGUAGCUUGCACCUUGGAAUUUGUAUGCAGUGUGUUUGUUUGUGUCGUCCACGCGCGAACCACGUCUCUUGCACAGAGUGUAUAACACAUGGAAACGACUUAAGACUGUCAUUCUGCCACUUUCUUGUCCUCAUCAUGUACGGAUCGGAAGUCGAGAAGGUGCCGGACUCAUCCGUGAAAGGGUCGUUUGGUGUCAUCAUCAUCAGCUUCUUUCUAGAAAUCGCCAUCCCAAUAAUCCUCCGAAUAGACAAAGAAUCCGAAAAUGUGUUUAUACUGAUCGGUCUCAGAAAACGACCGGUUCCUAGGUCGAGACGGGACACACCUGACACGAAAGACACAAGGUCUGUGUAUAGUGUACCUCGUCGCCAAGAAAAUGUUUCCAUGCAUCGUACAAUAAAUCUUGAAGAUAAGUCGCAGCCUACGCGGACCUCUGCUACGUCAUUAACGGAGACAGAGACGUUUAGGAAGUUCGCCUUUCAUGAAAAUCUUACCGUAAAUGCAUCGACUGCUUCGUUAGCAAGUUUUGAUUCUAUAAACGUGCGCUCAGCUGCCUAUGUGAAUCAUUCGUAUAUGACUGACAGAUCGUCCAUAGAAAGUGGUGUUUAGUAUUACUUUAUUCAGUUUGGUGAAUAUCACUUCACCAUUGAUUCGAAACGUAUUGCAUCAUCAUAAUGUACAUGGAAUCUGAGCAACAGUUUGUGCUAUGAAAGAUCCUUCCGAACUAUUAUUUUCAAAUGGUUAAUGGUUAAAUUAGUGAAAUUUGAGCCUUGUAUUUAAAAAGGUUAGUCUCAAGCUAUGUAUUUUAUGUCGAUUGCAUCGAAAGCCUGGGGCUUAUGGAAACACUUUUUAAUUAAAUACUUAUAAAGUUCUUACCAAAUGUAGUGAUUGUUACCAUGACAAAAUGUGUUGCGAGCAUUGAACACAAACUCAUGAAUACAUCUAACGCAGUAAUACAUUUUAUUGAAUGCUUAUUACAUACAUUUGUUCUACUGUGUGCAUAUUUUACUGGUUAUUAAUUGACAAACAAACUCGGAGGCUUAGCUUCUCUUUUUUUCUGAUAAGCAUGAAACAUGAAAUGUUUUCUGAAAUUAUGUGUGACAAAUGUGUUACUUGAUACUGGAACAGUUCUCGUUUGCGUUUGUCUGAUGUUUAUGUAGUGAUUGUUUGAUUUUUAGAAUGUUCAUUGAAGGGUUAUUGCAUUUUGUAGGCGAUUUGUCCUGUCUUAAAUAAAAGACUUGAUGAUUGAACCAGGAGUUUCACUCCUGAUAA